AGGAACCGAUAAGCUGUACAUCACCCACUCCGAAUGGUCGAGUGAAGAUGCCUUCGGCGCGAGCGCUGGCGCAAACGCACGAAGAUCUGCAAACUCUGGAGCAGGCGCCAGCUUCAAGCGACUCCCCUUCAACUUCUGCGCGGUAUCAUUACAGCCCUUCGAGCAUCCUGUAUGCACCGCAGAUGGCACGAUCUUCGACCUGACGAACAUAUUACCCUGGAUCAAAAAGCAUGGCACGAACCCGGUGAAUGGACAGCCGUUGAAGAGCUCGGAUCUUAUCAAAUUGAACUUUACGAAGAAUGAAGAGGGCGAAUAUGUCGAUCCUGUUACGUUCAAGGUCAUAACCGAUAACACCCAUCUAAUCGCAAUCAAGAGCACGGGCAAUGUAUUCAGCUACGACACAGUACAGAGACUCAACGUCAAAGCGAAGAAUUGGCGAGAUCUGGUCAGCGACGAGGAAUUCACGAGAGCCGACAUUAUCACCUUGCAGGAUCCACAGAACCUGGAAUCACGAAAUCUGAGCGACUUCAAGUACCUGAAAGAAGGACAGAGUACUCUAACGGCUGAGCAGGAAGCUGAGAGGAGCGCCGGCGUGAACAAUCAGAAUCUGGGAAGCGCGGCGAAGAUACUCAAGGCGAAAGAGGCAGUUGCGAAGGCCAGGGCUGAACGAGAAAAGGCAGCAAAUGGUUCAGCAGAAUCGCAAGCGCUUGCAAAUGCAAGAAAGGCACAUGCAGAAGUCUCAAAGUCCUCGCGGACGGCGAAGCCAGUACCUCAUAACGCAGCUCGUUAUACUACCGGUGCUGCUGCGGCCGCCUUCACCAGCACUGGCCUGACACCUUCCACCGAUACCUCGCGAGCGAUCAUGUCCGACGAAGAGUACAUGCUCAAGCCGAAACGCGUCAAGCAGAAAGGCUAUGUACGAAUGACCACGAAUCACGGUGCUAUGAACAUUGAGCUCUACCCAGAACACGCACCGAAAGCAGUAUGGAACUUUAUUCAACUAUCGAAACGCGGGUAUUACAAUGGGGUGAAAUUCCAUAGGAACAUCCAACGCUUCAUGAUACAAGGCGGUGAUCCAUCCGGCACAGGGCGAGGAGGGCAAAGCUGCUGGGGCAAGACUUUCACGGAUGAGCUGGAAGGACCACUCAAGCAUGAUGGGCGGGGAGUGCUCUCAAUGGCCAACAAGGGGAAAGAUACGAAUACGAGCCAAUUCUUUAUCUUGUACCGACAAGCACCACACCUCAACCUGAAGCACACGAUAUUUGGGAGGGUGGUCGAGGGUCUAGAAGUACUGGAUCGCCUAGAGAGCAUCGAAGUGGACGACGGCAAACGACCCCUCGAGGACUGCACCAUCCAAGACAUGGCUGUCCUCAUUGACCCAUUCGAGGACUUCUUAAAAGAACGAGACGAAAAGGAAGCAGCCGAGGCACGCAAGGAAAGACUCAGGCAAGAAGGCGGUGCGGCGGAUGAGCAGACCACGUGGACAGGGAAACGCAUACGAGCGGAUGGCAAAGUAGAGGAUGCCGGAAGUGCCGCUGGCGUGGGCAAGUAUCUCAAGCAAGCAGGCGCCCCGGUAGAGGAGGAUGAAAUUGUCGGAGAGUGGGACGAGUCCGAGAUGGCACCUCCGACCAAGAAGGCGAAGAAGGGCGGCGGAUUUGGCGAUUUCAGUGCGUGGUAG